CAUUCCAAGGCGUUCAUUUUUGAUUUUGUGUAGGUCAUCAUCCACAGGCCGUCCGAAUCCACUGCAGCGUGAUUUCUGCAUAAUUGCCGACGUUAAUUACAGGAUGAGUACGCGAGCAGCCCACUCCGCGUACAGCACCAUGCCCUCCACGGAGCACUGCGCACGCUCCUUAAUGACCGCCGCCUGCCGGGCGGCCGAACGCGGCGACCAGCUGGAAGCCAGCAAUCUGUACCGCAACGCCGGCAACUUCUUUAAAAUUGCCCGCCAAUGGGAGGCCGCCGGCGUCGCCUACCGCGACGCCGGCCAGCUGAAAGCGCCGCUGGAGGCGGACGACAGCACCGGCCCGUCCCGGACCACCGGCGCCCCGCUCAGCACGGCCAGCGGUCUGCUGACGACGGCCAGCGACUGCUUCGUCAAAGCGGACCAGCACCGCGAGGCGGAGACCUGUCUGCUGCUGGCGGCCGAACUCCUGACGUUCGCCGGGGACUUCUUCACGGCCGCCGGGCACUACGCCGUCCUGGGGCAGCUGGUAGUGCCACGGGACAUGGACGCCGGGACUGGGCACUUCGAGGAGGCGGCCCGGUUGUACGAGAUCGGGGAGUCGGCGGGUCACUACCACUCCGACCGGGCUUGGCUGACGGUGGCCGAAUUAUUAGCGCGCCAAGGGUACUACAAGCGGGCUAUCGAGAUCUACGAAGACGUUGGCCAGCGCAACACCCCGGCCAACGCCCCCGACACCUACUUCACCUUCCCCACUACCGGCGUCGGCGCUCGCCUGUACGCCAACGCGGACAUGGCCUACUACGCGUACUUCCGGGCGGUAGUGUGCCACCUCGUCCGCGAUGGACCGUUGGACGCCAAGAUUGCCGUGGCGCGCUACGAGGACCGGAUGCCGGCAUUCCGCAGCAGUCAGCAGCGCGGCAUCUUGCGCCAGGCGAUGGGACACGCGGAGGAUCAGUUUACGGCGAAGAACGUCGAGCAGCUGCUGACGGCCGACGCCGCGAGCAGCGGAAUCGUUGCGCAGUGCGCCGCGGGGAGCCCCCCGAGUAACUACCGCGCCUACCGCCUCCUGAGUGAAUGGAGCCGGAUGAUGAUGGGCCGCGCACUGCAGCGGCUGUGGGCUACCGAAUACGACCGUGCGCGUGAAUGACGGCGCCACGAUUUUCCUCGGAGAA